AUGAAGGCCGUUAGCACCAUCCUCCUCACCCUCGCCACACUGGCCUUUGCCGCGCCCAACCCCAACGCCAAUGCCGACACCCUCUCCACCAGGCAGAAUCAGCUAGGCUGCACGUACGACUGCCAGUGCCAGGAUGGAUUUGGCGACGUAUUCGUCCCUAUUAACGAGGAAUGUUGCCAGUCCGAUAUUAGCGAGGACGGCAAGAACUGCAACAUCCCCUUCCACCCCUUGGCGCAAAUAUACGCCGGCUGCUGCAAGUUGAUGCCCGGUCGCCCUGUAUGCUUGUGGCUGGAUGAAAGGUAG